UAUUAGUAGUAUGAUGUGCCUGUGUGAUGAUUAGCUACAUGCCACUGUGAUUCAAUGUAUAUUUUCAAAACGUGAGAUGUGCCACUUUCCAAGCCUGUUCCCUCCAAUCACUACCGAAUCAUCACUGAUAGGUUCUUCUCCUAUGAGCACAGCGCAGAAUGUGUCUGGGAUGCAACCAGUAGUUUACACAGACUGCUGUGAAGUAGUUGCGCAUCACUGACGGAUCCCAUCGCCUGGAAAACCGCUGAAAGUCACGUAUUUCUUUUCACAGAACUAAAUGGCUCGGAUUAACAAUCGAUACAACAUAUGUAGAUAAGCGAUUCGAUAUUCUAAGCGUUUGAGAAAUGCAAGCGAUUGCCUGGCUUUAAAUUCAGACGCGUAACGCUCAAGCAGCCAUGCAUUUGUGUAGCUCUGUGGGCUCUUUGCUUCUCACCCUUUUCAUCAGCAGGAGCAUGGAUGGCUCUGUCACCAGCACAGAGGAGAUCUUGCCUCCCACCAUUCAGAAACUGAUGAAGGGAUACAACAAGUACCUUAGGCCAUUCUUUGGCAAUGGGCCUGUUGCUGUAGGAAUGAGUCUGGAUAUCGCCAGCAUAGACACCAUAUCAGAAAUCAACAUGGAUUACACAGCCACCAUCUUUCUUCGUCAGCGCUGGACAGACGAACGCUUGUGUUUUGAUGGCAAUAAGAGCUUGAGUCUGGAUGGGAGACUAGUAGAGCUCCUUUGGGUCCCUGAUACGUUCAUUGUGGAUUCCAAGAAAUCCUUCCUGCAUGACAUCACUGUCGAAAACAGACUGAUCCGGAUAUUCCCCAACGGAACUGUGCUGUACGCCCUGAGAAUUACCACAACGGUGGCCUGCAAUAUGGAUCUAACCAAAUAUCCCAUGGACAGACAGACGUGCACCCUUCAACUUGAAAGCUGGGGAUAUAAUGUGAAAGAUGUGGUUUUCUAUUGGACACGGGGAAACCAGUCAGUUAGCGGUCUUGAUCAUUUACAGCUGGCUCAGUACACCCUUGAGGAUCACUACACCUCUGAAUCUGAAGCCGUUUAUGAGACUGGUAAUUACCCAAAGUUAAUCUUCCACUUCAAACUCAAGAGGAGCAUCUUAUACUUCAUUCUGGAGACAUACGUUCCUUCCAGUGCUCUGGUGGUCCUGUCCUGGGUCUCAUUCUGGAUCAGUCAAUCUUCAGUACCUGCUCGCAUCUGCAUAGGAGUGACCACAGUCUUAACUAUGACCACCCUGAUGAUGGGAGCCCGCACCUCUUUACCCAAUGCCAACUGCUUCAUCAAAGCCAUUGAUGUGUAUCUGGGCAUCUGCUUCAGCUUCAUCUUUGGCGCUCUGAUUGAAUACGCAGUCGCUCAUUUCUGUACAUUACACCAGCCAAACUCUGCCAAUGCAUAUAUGUAUGGCCAGGAAAUGCAGGAGCGUGAAGAUGAGAUGAACGGCGUCGCCACCUCCAUUGGCAACCACACUUUGCGGGCCCGUAAACGGGAGGAGAUGCUGUCCCGAAUGGGCAGUGCCAGCAACCCCAUCCCCAGUGAGAGUAAGGAGGAGAUCAACUCCUCGCAGCCACAGACCCACUGCACCAAGUGCAUGUCGACGGCACGUCAAAUCGUGCGCUGUCUUAACUGCUGCAAAGUGGAAAACCCACACUACAUCGAUAACUACUCAAGGCGGACCUUCCCCCUCUCCUUCAUCAUGAUCAACCUCCUCUACUGGACAUACUACUUGUACUUCUAAAGCUCCUGUUUUCUAUGUGUCGAGGGGUCUAUAGUGAUGUAUGUGUGUCCCUGUUUAUGUCACAGUUUACCUAAGGGUUUUUACUCUUACAUGUCAGCAUGCAUUUCAGUUCAACUCGAGUAGGACUGAUGUUCAUGUCACCCAAUUAUGUGUCAUUCCUUGAGAUAUGCAGGAUCUCAGUGAGUUUGGACUGCACAGAUGUAUGCAGAUUUGUACCAUGUUAAAACCUUGAAGAUGCAUCUACAUCUCUGUGUCAUGAAAAUGUGGCCUUCAUUUUCAGAUGGAGCUUUAGAUUAACUCAAAUCCGCAACAAAAUCAGUCUAGCUGUAAAUUGCAAUAUGAUUUUAUGAUAUCUGUACAACAAUUUAAAAUUGACCUGAAUGUAAGUGUGAUUACUUGUCUUUUGGCAAAAGAAAAAACCCUAUUGACACAAAACAUAAGCAAUUCGUGAAACUGAAAGUUGGGGGGAAAAUAAUAAUAAUGAUUUAAUUUAUGAAUUGAACUUCAGAUAUGCGUCAGUAGUAAUAGUAAUAAUAACUGUACCAAAGAUUUAAUAUAUUUCUAAUGUUCAUAACUGCAAUCUGAAUUCACAAGUUAUACAUAUUUGGGGCAUAUACUAUAUGUUUUUGCAAAUUCAGUACUCAUAUGUCUUGUUAUCAGCUGCCAAUCAAGAAUCAAGCUGGUUUUACUCAUUUUCUCCUUGUGAUUUUUCUGUGUGAGUUGUAUGGGAAUAUUCUCUUAGGGAUAGAAGCUCUGAUAAUGAAUGAUUCUGUAUUGUUUGCAUGAUCAUUUAUUUAUUCCACUAUUGUUGUAUUUAUUAAUUUAUUUAUGUUUUGUUAAUGAAAAGGUUUUAUCUGAUCUGAGCUCUCUGACCUAAUUAAAGUUGGGCCAUUAAUGGAAUAGUUGACCCAAAAAUGAAAAUAUGCUGAAAAUCUUUCUCAUCCUCAGGCCAUGCAAGAUAUAGAUUAGUUUGUUUCUUCACUGGAACAAAUUUGGAGAAAUUUAGCAUGACAUCAC